CCGAGUAUUAUUAGACAGAAAGUACUACCAAAUAAUUAUACCAACAAAAACAAAAUCAAACCAUUUACUCUGGAUUUCUUGGGUAAAACUAAAGAAACAAUUUUUUUUUACGGUAAUUGCAUUCUACUUAAAAAAGAAAAAAAUGACACCAGGUGGAGAGAUUUUGGCUUUUAAAUAGGUGGGUCUCCAGUACAGAUCUGUGCUUUACACCAUCAAGACAAGUAGGACCUUUUUGUGUCGGUUCUUAGAAGCCCCAAAAGGAUUAUAAAAAAAAAAGGUAAAAAAUAUACUUAGAAGAAAAAGUCGUUUACUUAAAAAAAUAAGUACUUAACAAGGUCCAGAGAAUUUGACUUCAUUAAGCACUUCAUUAUCUCUCUUAAUCUAUAGAGUUGGUACUAAUUUUUUAUUUUUUAUUUUAAUAUAAAGUUCAAACCAAGAGUCAAAUUGAGCUGUCAUUAUUCUGCACCUCCACAUAAGCCUAAGGUAAAAGGCAGUUAAGCCAUCUGUGUCAUCCUCUUAAACAAUCCAUUCAGAAUUUGGUCUUUUUCUCUGUAUUCACUUAAACUUUUCCACUAAAACAAAUCACCGAUAAAUUGGUACAUUGGUACAGCACCAAUGACAUACCAUUCCAGCAAUAACUAGGAUUUUUCCUGAAGAAAUUUCUCUGUAAUAGUGACAGAAAGGAACACUUUUGAAAAAUGAAAAGUUAGCACAAAUGGACCCCCCCUUUUGACCCAAACAGUUCAGUCUGCACACGAGUUGAGUUUAUUUUAGUCAUAAAAAUCCCAAGAACCAGACAAAGAUUUUGAUUCCCGCGCUUGGUUUAGUUUAAGAGUUAAACAGUUUGAUAAACUCAUUGUCUCCUUUCUGUUUUUGUCUAAUACAUGAAUCUUAAGUAGAUUAUUAUAAUACUAAAAUACAAAAAAAUGCAGGAUUAGUAUGAUGAAGCAUGCUAAAACUGUAUAUAAUGGUUGGUCAUUAUCCACAGUAAACCUACCUUUCUUUCAUUAUUUAGUGGGAUUGAGCCCGCGGCUCGACGGUGGGGUGGUGCUCUAUGUGUUGAAAAUGAAAAAGAGUUUACUGUAGAGCAAAAUAAUAGUUAAAUUUUCCAUUUUGUCAGAUAAGAUAAUUUAGAAGAGUAGAGGUGGAAACGGAUUGUCUACUUUAAAAGAAUAGAGGCAAAUAUAUCUAUAGAUUUUUCCAGCAAAUGAAGGUCACGAAGAUGAAGAAGUUAUACUAGUUUAGGAACAAGUGAUCAAGGAAUUGAAGUCUUUACUUCUGGCUAAUAUAAGCAAUGUAGCUUAUGGACGGUUUUAGUAUUUUUCCAACAACAUAUACAAUGUAGUUUCGUGAAAUUUUAAAAUGUAUAUUAGUUUCGUGAAAUUUUAAAAGAAUAUAUGCUGACCUUAUGCCUAUCUCAAAGAUAGAAAGACGGUUUCAAUAGACCGUGCAAUAUUUGGUAUUUUCUAAUGUUACAAAAAGGACAAGAUAAGAUAAUUUAGUAGAGAACCUGAUACAGUUGUUGCCUCAAUAUCUAAGAUACUUCAAUUAGAAUCACUGCUUAUGUAAUUUAAGAUUCAGACUUUGACAUGGUAUAACCAACUACAGCUGAAGAAUAAGAUCUAAGAUGAGAUCUAAAUAUUGUAAAAACUAAAUUGAAUCUUAAUUCUUUACAUUAAGUUUGUUUGAAAGACAGUAUUUAACUUAGAUAUUGGGAAGAUUUUUGAUGUAGCUGAUGCAACCAUUAGAUUUUGUAGUUGUUGUAAUCCAUCUUGAUGAUUGAUUUCAUAUUUCUAAAUUAUGCAAGCAAGAGAUGACUUUAAAUCCAAUUUUCACCCAAUUAAAUUUGUGAAUUAAGGAAAUAUUUAUUGAUUUUCCUAAUAAAGCUCCUAAAGGUAUGCAGGUACUCCCUCAGUUUUGUGUUUUAAGACCUUUCAAAGAUUAUCUAAACAGAGAGAGAAAUAAUUAGAGGAAGGAUCGUGUAAGCUUCAUCGUUAUGUUAGGCUUUUUCUUUAACAAUUUUUUAAAUAUGGCCGUUGACAAAAGAAUGAGGGUAUUCUCAACGCAAAAUAAUUCUGGCUAUACUAUUCUUAUCUCCAACUACUAGUACAGCUUUUUUUGAGCAACCAACUUAAAAAAACAAUAAAAAAUAUUAUUCUAAUUAGUUGUAAUUCUAGCCUGCCUAUUUAAGAACUACUCCUCGUGGAUAUGGAGUACAUGACAGCAGUUUCUUCUCAUUCUACAAGUCUUUUUCUCUCAACAUCUCCUACCAUUACUCUUCCACUUCUUCCUUUUGAUAAUAAAAACAAUACAUCUCUUUUUCCUUGAACAAUUUCUCAGUCUCUUAUCAAGCUAUUGUAUACCUGCCUGCAACAUACAUUUGCACUUAUAGGGGCACCUAAUUCAUAUUACUACUAAGAUGAUAUCAGUUGGUAUGUCCAUUGGGGCUUUUCUGAUUUUGAUCAUUAUACAUUGGGUUUACAACUGGAGGAAUCCCAGAUGCAAUGGAAAACUCCCACCAGGUUCAAUGGGCUGGCCGUUACUCGGCGAGACCAUUCAGUUCUUUACCCCAAAUACAACAUUAGAUAUUGCUCCCUUUGUGAAGGAGAGGAUGAAAAGGUAUGGGCCGAUUUUCCGCACUAGCGUGGUGGGACGUCCUGUUAUAGUAUCUACAGACCCGGACCUAAAUUACUUCAUCUUUCAGCAAGAGGGACAGUCGUUUCAGAGCUGGUAUCCAGAUACAUUCACUGAGAUAUUCGGAAGGCAAAAUGUAGGUUCCUUGCAUGGUUUCAUGUACAAGUACUUGAAGAACAUGGUACUAAACCUUUUUGGUUCUGAAAGUCUGAAAAAGAUGCUGCCUGAGGUUGAAGAGGUGGCGAAAAAUAAAUUGAAGAGGUGGUCAGGUCAGACAAGUGUAGAGAUGAAGGAAGCAACUGCCAAUAUGAUAUUUGAUCUAACUGCCAAAAAGCUAAUCAGCUAUGAUUCUGAGACCUCAUCAGAAAAUCUGCGGGAAAGUUUUGUAGCUUUUAUACAGGGGUUGAUUUCCUUUCCUAUAGACAUUCCCGGAACAGCCUACCACAAGUGCUUACAGGGAAGAAAGAAGGCAAUGAAGAUGCUAAAGACAAUGCUAGAGGAAAGAAGAGCAAAGCCUAGGAAGGAAGGAACUGAUUUCUUUGAUUAUGUCCUAGAAGAACUUCAAAAGAAUGACAUAAUCCUCACAGAGGCAAUAGCUUUGGAUUUGAUGUUUGUACUGCUCUUUGCCAGCUUCGAGACCACCUCUCUGGCUAUAACUUUAGCCACUAAAUUUCUUCACGAUCAUCCUUUGGCUUUAAAAGAAUUAACAGAGGAACAUGAGGCAAUAAUUAGAAGCAGGGAAAAUCCAGCUUCUGGACUUACAUGGAAAGAAUAUAAAUCAAUGAAAUUUACAUUCCAGGUUAUUAAUGAAACAGUCAGACUGGCAAAUAUUGUUCCUGCUAUUUUCCGGAAAACACUAACAGAUAUCAACUUCAAAGGGUAUACCAUUCCAGCUGGUUGGGCGGUUAUGGUUUGUCCUCCAGCUGUACACUUAAACCCUGCCAAAUAUCAAGAUCCCCUUGACUUUAAUCCAUGGAGAUGGGAGGGAGUAGAAAUAAAUGGAGCAACUCGAAAUUUCAUGGCUUUUGGUGGUGGUAUGAGAUUUUGCGUUGGUACAGAUUUCACUAAAGUGCAGAUGGCUGUCUUUCUCCACUCCCUCGUGACCAAAUACAGGUGGCAAACAAUUGGAGGAGGAAACACAGUGCGGACUCCUGGUUUACAGUUUCCCAACGGUUACCACGUUAGGAUCUCGGAAAAAGAUGAGAAGAUUUUAUAGCCAACAUAUGGUAGAUGGGAUAGUCAGAAAAAGAGGCUGAAGGCAAUACCAGGAAUUCAAACUUACCCGGAUAUUCUCAAAGCAGCAGAAGAUAUUGCCGCUGAAAGAAUGCUGGGACAAAGAAAGAAAAAACUCAGCAAAUUAGUCUGGGGAAAUUUUGCAAAAAUUUACUGAUAUGACGCCUAUAUAUAUAUAUAUAUAUAUAUAUAUAUUCUUUUAUUUUCUUUUUUUAUGAUUUAAAUACAAAGUGUAGUUGUUGUUGAAGAAGGAAAAAACAAAAAAGUGUGUAAAGUCAAUACAUGGUACAGUUUUGAAUGAAGAAGUCCUACUAGAAUCAGAGA